UUUAACCUUUUUUCCUAUAAAAAACAAAACCCUCCGCUGUCUCUCCCUCGCUUGGACCGCUCUCGUUCCUCCGCCGCCGCAUCGCCGCCCGCACGCCACCUCAUCCGACUCGAGCAGAGCGGAGGGAGAUCUUCUCUCGCUCAACCGGGAUGCGUGUCUUUGUCAAGACCCCCACUGGCAGGACAAUCUGCCUCAAGGUCCACUCAUCAGACACCCUGUACACUGUCAAGGCAAAGAUCCAGCAGCAGUACCGCCUCUUCUUCGAUGGGGUGCAGCUAGAAGACAACCGUACAUUGGCCGAUUAUGGCAUCCAGCAUGACUCUACGAUUGACCUCCAGGAAAAGAUGCAAAUCUACGUGACGGAGAUGCGGGCAGGCAGGACCAUUGCCCUCGAGGUUGACAGCCUAGACACCAUCGGUAACGUGAAGUCCAGGAUCCAGGAGAUGGAGGGCUUUCCCAAGGGCCAACAGUGCCUCAUCUUCGCCAACAAACAGCUGGAGGAUGACAACCGCAGCUUGGCUGACCACAACAUCUGGAAGGAGUCCACCCUCCUCCUUGUCCUCCGCCCGUGUAGGCUAGGAGAAAGUAGGAUAAUGCACAUCUUUGUCAAGCCUCUGAAAGGGAAGACCCUCACCCUUGAGGUUGAGAGCUCGUAUACCAUCGACAAUGUCAAGGUGAAGAUCUAUGAGCAGGAAGGCACUUGCCCUAGCCAGCAGCGCCUCAUCUUUGCUGGCAAGCAGCUGGCGGACGGCUGCACCCUGGCGGACUACAACAUUCGGAGCGAGAACACUGUUCAUUUGUGUUGAGUAACGUGAUUGUAUUAGGAAAUAUAGGUUAGACUAGGAAAUAUUCUGGCUUGCCUUGUACUCCAAGUAGAUCAUGUACUCCUAUAUAUAUGCCCAUGAGGCUCAAGCAAUACAACAACUAUUCCACCAAUCCUCCUCUCUCCCUUCUAACAUGGUAUCUAUUGCAAGUCGAUCCUAAACCCUAGCCCCCGCCGCUUCCGCACUUGCGCGCCGCCCCAGUGCGGUCGGCCUCCAUGACCGCCGUCGGGGGCCGCGCCACCCGUACCUAGGGUUCGUCCGCCGGCCGUGUUGGCCGGCUGCCCUAGAG